GGCAAAUCGACGCAGCAAAUGAAAACCAAGGAAGAAGUACUGAAUAGAGGCACACAGAACCAGAAGACGAAAAAUGUUGUACUUACGAGUUUUUGAGACGUUAUGUAGUCCCGCUUCAAUAUUUCAUCUUCAUGAGACAUGCAUAUGCUGCAGGAAGAAGAAAGACAACAAGUCUACCCCGAUCGCAUUUCAUCUUCAUGAGACAAGAAGAAGAAAGACAACAAGUCUACCCCGAUCGCUAGUCAGCUCGAGCUCAUGCGUAAAAUAGCUUUUUGAUGACGUUUUCGUUUUCCAUUUCCUUUCAAAUUCAAUGUCUUCGACCUCCAUUACGAUUUCUUACCGUGUUGUACAUGACGCCCUCCAGGUUCAGCAGCACAAAGUUGUUUUUCAUUCAAAAUCUAAAAAAGUCUUCUGAGCGGGUGUAUGGGGCUUGGCAUGUGGAAAUUAUCGGUAGUAAGAGCCAUGUAAUUUGCGGCUUUUAUUCGUUUUCGCGCAUCUUUGUCCCACAAAGAAAAAUCCUAAUACAAUUAGAUGGUUGUCUUAUUUGUGGUCUCUCUCGUUCCUUGGUAGACUAGAGCAUACAACACGUUGUCACUGUCGUGUAAGUAGUUGUCAAUGUCAUUGUAGUCCUUUCGUCAUCUUUCAUUCAUCGAUUUCAUCUUUCAUUCUAUGCCGGACCGGCGCAUCGUCCGGCAAAUGUAAGACUUCUCUGCGCCCACCCCAGCUGGUGCGCUGGCCCUUUAGCCGAAGACUUUGAAAUUGAAAUUGAAAACAUGCUGUGAAUAGCAACAUUCAGCACUUCUUUUGUACAACAUGUAUGUACGUAUUUUACAACAAGAAAAUAUUCUACUGUAUCAACAACGAGUUGUACUUGUACAACAAACGAAAAUCAAAAAAAGAUGAAGCAGUUCAUCUUGCGAUGUGGCUUGAGCUCAUCGAACUCGCCUUAGAUUCUGAAAAGAGCACGAGAGUGAGCGGGAUAGAAAAGUGUCUUUUCGGGUUGCUUUGACUUUCUUUAUCUUUCUUGUGCAGGAAAGGAAUAGGAAGGGUCCUAAG